CCCUCCACAGGAAACCGCUGUUGCGGCCAGGGCACGACUGAUCCUAACAACUUUUGUAAAAGAUCCUACCUAGACGCAUUUUGUUGCAGCUCUUUUGCUUCGGACAGGCCAAAAGCCAGAAAGGGCGCUCAGGGUGGAUGUGAUGACAACCCGGGAUUCCCUAUCGGACGCGUAGUUAAGCAAGCUCUUUUCUUUGGUUCCGGGUGCGAGUCCAAUGGUCGGAAAGGGUUUGUUGGAUGUGCCUAA